AUAAAGAUUCGGCAAACAGAAAAGAUCAAGUGUUGAGAUUUCCAGACCGCUAGGUGGCAGUAAACCAGUGGCACAAUGCAGCCUCAAUUCAUAGAAGAAGAAGAAGGAGACAUGUAGAAGACCUGUUCUGAGAUUAAUCUAAAGUAAUUGUUAGAGUUGCAGAAACUUCUCCUGGUAUAAAGAUGCCCGCGGGUGUGUCUUGGCCGAGGUACAUGAAAAUGUUUGUAGCCAGUGUGUUGUCCAUGUUCGCUGGUGCUGAGGUCGUCCAUCGGUAUUACUGCCCUGAUUUGAGCAUUCCAGAGAUUCCUCCAAAGCCUGGAGAACUUCAGACAGAGCUUCUGGGAUUGAAGACUCAACAGACGGCCUCUGAGAAACACUGAUGUCAGUCUUCAUCCGUAAAUGUGUAUAUACGUGUAAACCAAUAUAACCAUGUUAUAGUGUCAUGACCUUGUAGAAUUCUGUGAAAUUCCAUAAUGGAAGAGUAAAGUAGUUAUUUGUAUUUUUUCAGGUAAUUGUAAUCAAUAAAAGCCAUUGUGUUGGU